AAGUAUAAUAGUUGUUAGCAUGCAUUGCAAUAGAGUAGCAAUCUGUUUUCUCAUACAGUGUACAGUGAGGUGAUCUUGCCGAUGCUUGGGGAUGAUGUUGUGUGAUGGCCUGCCUCGUGCUGUGAUCUUACAACUAAGCAGGCAGGGGAUGUUAUUGCGGUUUUUGUUUUCUUUGCGAUUUCUUUCGUUUUCUAUAGCGUCUGGUCUAGUCAGAUGGUUGCCCCCUAGGCUAGACAGAUCCUCAAAUACCUUAGAUAUCUACUCACACCUGCAAAUGGCUAGUUGCCGGCUUGCCUUGUUAGGCCAUGUUCCAAGAUAACCUUUCCUCUCAGUGAUCCAUGGUAAAGGGUAUGAGCGAGUUCACGCAGCUGAGCACUGUGGCUGAUGGAUUCAAGCAUGCGUGCCAUAUCUUAGCUCUGUAUACACUAUGUUAGGUAGAUA